AUGCUAAUGAGGAGGCUUUAAACCCUCGGAUGAAUCGCUUCUUUGCAGACUGACCGGAUUGUAGCGGCGCGCACCGGAGGAAGCGUCUGAACCAACUGUCACCAUCACAAGUCCUGACUCUACUAACUUUUUCCUUCUCCUCACUUUGACAUCUCUUAUCGGACCUGACAUCUAGGGGAAUAACUAACUCUUGCUGAAGAGAGAAGAAACAGAGCUCAACUGAGAGGAAGCGCUGAUACACAAUCUUCUUAUUUCUUUUACUUGGGGAAGGGGGGCUGAAAGUUAACUUCGACAUGUCUACCGGUGAAGCCUCGGAUCAGAGUCGGAGGUUCUGCGUGUUGUCUUGGGAUCAGGUGCAGCGCUUGGACUCGAUCCUUGGGGAGGCUGUCCCCAUCCACGGCCGAGGAAACUUCCCCACUCUCUCUGUGCAGCCGCGCCAGAUUGUACAGGUGGUGCGGGCAAGACUGGAGGAGAGGGGUGUGUGUGUAAAGGACGUGAGGCUGAAUGGCUCGGCUGCAAGCCACGUGCUCCAUCAGGACACAGGGCUGGGCUAUAAGGACCUGGAUCUGAUCUUUGGCGUGUCACUAAAAGAUGAUCAGGCCUUCCGCCUGGUGAAAGAUGUCGUGCUGGACUGCCUGUUUGACUUCCUGCCAGCCGGGGUCUCGAAAGAGAGAAUCACCGCUCUGACCCUGAAAGAGGCCUAUGUACAGAAACUGGUCAAAGUCUGUAAUGACACGGACCGCUGGAGCCUCAUUUCGCUGUCCAACAACACUGGCAAGAAUGUGGAGUUAAAAUUUGUGGACUCUUUACGGCGGCAGUUUGAAUUCAGCGUGGACUCCUUCCAGAUCUGCCUCGAUUCCCUGCUCUUGUUUGAUCGCUGCUCGGAGACGCCUAUGUCCGAGAGCUUUCAUCCCACUGUGAUCGGGGAGAGCGUGUACGGAGACUUCAUGGAGGCUAUGGAGCACCUGUGUCAGAGGACCAUAGCCACACGCAGCCCCGAGGAGAUCAGAGGGGGUGGCUUAUUGAAGUACUGCCACCUGCUGGUGCGGGGGUUCAGAGCCUCCUCAGAGGCGGACAUGAAGCAGAUGCAGCGCUACAUGUGCUCUCGCUUCUUCAUUGACUUCUCUGACAUCGGAGAGCAGCAGAGGAAGCUGGAGGCCUACCUUCAGAACCACUUUGCAGGGAUGGAGCACAAACGCUACGAGUGCCUGAUGACUCUGCACCACGUAGUGAACGAGAGCACCGUGUGUCUGAUGGGUCAUGAGCGCCGGCAGACACUCAGCCUCAUCUCCAUGCUGGCGCUAAGGGUUCUGGCUGAGCAGAACGCCAUCCCUACGGUUACGAAUGUCACAUGUUACUACCAGCCAGCUCCUUAUGUGCAGGACAUCAACUUCAGUAAUUAUUAUAUCGCACAUGUGCAGCCGCCGCAGAUCUCACCGUGCAGUAAUUCAUAUCAGACUUGGCUGCCCUGUAGCUGAACUGACUACGAGUGGUGGAUGUUCCUCCAUGCUCUUUAACUGUAUGGACUGAAACGGACUCAAAAUCCAGAAAAAAAAGAAUAAAAGGAACCCAUGUUUGCCAAAUGUGACUUGACUUAAACAAUCCUGUACUGCUGUACUGAUUGAGCCGACACAUAUUUUUCUCACUUUUGUCUUGCAAAACAUCUGUAAGAUUGCUGGUCAUGUCUGAGAUGUAGCGAUAAUAUCUUGUUUAAGUAUUGAAAAAACGUCUUUAUGAAGCUUUAUAUAUGUCAAAAAUACAUUUUUGAGGAAAAAAAAAUCUUUGAAGUUGGUGUUAUUUUCAUACUCUGGCUAUAUUUUUUUAAAAUUACAUACUGGACCAAAGAUGUAUUUGUUGUUCAGAAAGGGAAUGUUGUUAUGAUUCCAAGUGCCUAAAAUGAACCAUGAAAUGUUCUGAAAACAUCUGUAAAAUGAGGGGCGGGGCACUCAGUGUUUUCUAGAUGACUCCGUCUCUCUUUCACAGAACAGAGGCAUUCAUUUUUGUGAGAUUAAAAAAGGCAAAACUGCA